AUAUUUUAUUUUCAGCCUCUUUUAUUUUCUUCUUAUCACUAAACUUAGACACAUGAACCGGAAACCGAGAAGAUGUCCAUGAACGGACUUAAAAUCAAUUUCACUCUCACUUCCUCGCUCAUAUUAUCUUUACGUGAUUACUACGUACAGGUUUAAAUUGCCUGCAGUGAUUUUUUUUAGUUGUACAUUAAACAGUUGGUCGAUUCUUUUUUAAACAGAUUAUUUUAACAUAGAAAUUAUACACACGUUAUUAGACGGUCUAACGAAUGUCGCAUAACCUCUAAAUCUCUAAAGAAAAUACCGAUGUUGUACACUGUAUCCACGAACGUUCAAUGAACGUAAUCAAACAUAAUCUCACUCGCAAUGUACUAACAGUAAAAUAAAAUAAAAGUGUAACGCAAGAUGUUAGCUACGCAUUUCUUUUCAAAGAGUCUAAGUAAGACUAAACUUGUAUUGCCGUAUCAAUGGCUAAACAUUACGUUCCUCGCAAUAAGAUCGAAUUCAUCGACGUCUGGUUCAUCCUCUUCCGAUUCUGAUUCAGAUUCCGACUCCCGGAGUAAAAAUACUAAUGAGAAAUCCAAGGACUUGGAUUACUUACGAGGUGCACAGAUGGCACGGAAGAGAAGACAAAUAGAGAAACAAGUAGUGGAAGCAGCACAGGUUCUAAAUGAGUCGCCGGAAUGUGAUAAGGAGAAAAUUUUAUCAACGUUAUUGAGCAGAAUUUCUGAAAUUAAAAAUGAGAAUAAAGGCAACGCAGAUCAAAGGGAAAGUAAACGCAACGAAGGAAGGAGUGGGAGGAAAUUUAUUAAGAAAGAAUUUCAAGAGACACUAAUAAGCGAUAAACGUAAACCGAGGUAUGAUACGUCUACGGAACCAUCUAUAAUCCAAAUGUUGAAAAGUCAAGAGGAGAGAUUAAAGAGCGAGAAGAUUGAGAAACCACGAAAGAUGGUAGACGAAUCACCCGUAAUCAGGAUGUUGAAAAAUCAACAAAGAAAAGGAAAAAGUGUGGUCGAAACGAUUGAAACGAAUGUGUCCGAAAAGAUUGGAAGGAAACAGGAGACAUCGAAGGAACCAUCUAUAAUUCACAUGUUGAGAAAUCAGCAGAGGAACAAGAGGUCUAGUCAAAAUUACGAUCGUACUGAAACUAACGAAACACCAGAAGAAUUAUCUGUAAUCAGGAGGAAGAAAAGAAAUUUUGAUGAUCGGUCGAAUCAAACCUAUGAAGCGACCGGAGACAGAACUGUUAAUAAGAAAUACUGGGCGUCUGACGAACCGUCUAUAAUUAACAUGUUAAUAAGUCAGGAUCGAUCGAAAAAGGGAUACGAAAUACCGAGGGAAGAAAUGAAUAUGAAACUGGAUUUUCUGAGCAGAUUACUAAGUCCUGACUACGGCACAAGGAAAGAAGAUACGGGAUUCAGUGAUAUAUUUGUUAGCGAGUUUAAGGAAAAUCCUGAUACUCCUGCGCUUACAGUAUGGAAUAUGUGCGAGCAGAGGGAAUUGGAAUCCAUGGUAAAAUUUUAUCCUCGAAAUGCGCUUCAAGAAAUGAUCAAUUGGACGAACGAGGGAAAGUUAUGGCGUUUUCCUAUAGACAAUGAACAAGGAAUGGAAACGGAGCAAAGAGUGCAUUUUUCGAAGCAUGUGUUUCUGGAACGUCAUCUGUCACCGUGGUGUCCUACGAAAGGCCCGAUUCGGCAUUUUAUGGAAUUGGUAUGUUGCGGACUUUCGAAGAACCCAUAUUUGACGAUCACGGAGAAACGCAAUCAUAUAAUGUGGUACAAAGAUUAUUUCAACGAUAAACAAGAUUUGUUAGAUAAAUUAGGGCUUGUAGAAUAAAAAGGUAGAAAGACCAACUAAAGUGUAUCGACUGUUCUUAAGAAAUAAAAAUGUAAUAAAAAAGUAA